AUGUUUGCCAGACGCAUUCUUCUCACAAACAGAAGACAAUUACUGCAAUCACCGGCCGGUAGAGUGAUUGUUGCUGCGGACAGCAAUGCAACCGGUGACGGCGGCCAGCGAACGAGGCAAGGAUGGAUGCAAAAAGCGAUGUUACAUCAGGGACAGCAUCAAUCAGGCGGUAGCGGCACCACGGACGACGGCAUAUCAUCGUUAUCUGCGACAGCCGUCAUAUUGGGUGGAUCAUUACUGACGUAUCUGAUAACGGAAAAGAUAAAGAAAGACUCACAGCAUGUCUACGCAAAGCAAGUUUCGCUCGACGAAAUACGUAAAGCACACGACACCGUCCGGCAAGAUCUGCCCGAAUACACGAUGGACGAGAUCGUAAAGCACAACGCACCGUCCGCCGGCAUUUGGGUAACGUACGGUGUCGGUGUGUACGACAUAACGUCCUUCGUCCCAAAGCACCCGGGCAGCGAUAAGGUAAUGCUGGCGGCCGGUGGUGCAAUCGAUCCGUUUUGGCACAUCUUCCAGCAGCACAACACGCAAGAGGUACUAUCGUUGUUGGAAACGUUCCGUAUCGGAAACUUACGGGCGGAUGAUGUGGUCGGAACGAAAGAUUUGCACGACCCAUGGUCAGGCGAGCCGAAGCGCCAUCCAAUUCUAAAAGCGGCCACCCUAAAGCCUUACAAUGCGGAACCACCGGCAUCGGUGCUUGUGGACAGUUUCCUGACGCCAAAUGAAUUUUUCUACGUUCGGAACCACCUGCCCGUACCGGAAGUAGACAUAAAAAGCUACGAACUCGACAUGGAGAACGAAAAGACGGGCAAGAGUAAAACGAUUCGCUUCGGCGAUCUGCUCAAAUACCCCAAGCACACGGUCACGGCUACAAUCAUGUGCGGCGGUAAUCGGCGCAGUGAAAUGAUGGAAGUUAAACCCAUCAAGGGCCUUCCGUGGGGUGCGUCAGCGGUUGGCAAUGCCACAUGGACCGGUGCCCGGCUGUGCGAUGUACUGCGCGAUCUCGGAGUCCGUCCGGGUGAUGAAGAGGGUCACGUACAGUUCGAAGGACUCGAUACCGAUCCAACCAGCACACCGUACGGUGCUUCGAUUCCCCUGGCAAAAGCGAUGGACCCUCGGGGCGAUGUGAUACUGGCGUACGAAAUGAACGGACAACCGCUCAACCGUGAUCAUGGGUUUCCGGUGCGCGUGAUCGUUCCCGGUGUGGUAGGAUCACGGAACGUAAAAUGGUUAGGCAAAAUAAUCGUAUCGCGCAACGAAAGUCCUUCCCACUGGCAGCAGAAUGAUUACAAAUCGUUCAGCCCCAGCACCGAUUGGGAUACGGUCGAUUUUAAAAGUGCACCGGCCAUCCAGAAUAUGCCUAUUACGUCGGCGAUUUGUACACCGGCCAGUGGGGAAACGGUCCAGGUUGAAGAUGGGUAUGUGACGGUGAAAGGGUACGCAUGGUCUGGAGGUGGUUCGGAGAUUGUACGUGUCGAUCUGAGUGCGGACGGUGGUAAAACGUGGAUCGUGGCGAAGCUGGACGAAAGUGAACGGGGCACGGGACCGGGACGUCACUGGUCGUGGUCACUGUGGUCGGCAAAGGUUCCGAUCAAGCCAGGCCACAAAGGACCGAUCGAGAUACUGUCGAAAGCGGUUGACAGCAAUUACAACACGCAGCCAGAAUCGUUCGAUAACAUCUGGAAUCUGCGCGGUGUGGUUGGCAAUGCGUACAGCCGUGUGAAAGUUAACGUAAAGUAAAUGCUAACCGAGCGAUA